CUAAAUUAUGGCAGAUGCAGAGUCAAAGGAUCCCUCUCUCACUCCUAGAGAACCGCCGAAAUUUUCUACAUUGAAAAACAUAUUGCUGAGUAUUGUCGUUGUUGGAUCUGUAGCAUUCACAUGGGCAAUGUCAACUCAGUUUCAAAAGACAGCUCUAGUGAUAGACAAGGAGCACUUCUACGCUCCCUACACUAUGAUGUGGUUCAACACAUGUUUCAUGAUAUUAUGCUAUCCUGCAUUCCUGCUCUACGAAAUAGUUUCAAAGCGGAGCUGGCGCAAGGCUCACGAAGACGCCUCAUCAAUUUUCGGUCGUCGUGGAGUUCAUCCAUUCACUUUGCUUGUAUGUGUGGGACCAUUUCUUCUGUUUUGGAUAGGAGCCAAUUACACGUAUUCUGCAUCGCUGCUCUACAUCUCGGCUAGUGUGGCUACUUCGAUAUCAUCAUGUAACGCUGCUAUGGUCUACUUGCUUGCGAUUCUUUUGCUGAGGGAUAGAUUUGUGCCGAUGAAGCUGCUCUCCGUUGGGUUUGCAAUAGCCGGUGUGGCCGUGAUGUCUCUAGGAGGAAAGAUGCGAAUUGCAUGGCAAGGCAUCGCCCUGUCCGUUACUUCGGCUGCAUCUGCGGCAUUGUACAAGGUACUUUUCAAGAGACUCAUGGGGAGUGCAAACCUCGGCCAGGUGUCGCUUUUCAUGUCAUGCCUUGGAUUUUGCAAUAUUGUUUGCAACUGGAUACCACCACUUAUACUUUUGCUUACUGACAAAGAACACGUCGAAGUUGCAUACAUACCAUGGGGACCAGUUCUCGGGGCAGCGCUGCUUUCUUUGUUGUUCAAUUUCCUUAUCAACUUUGGCAUUGCAUUACUACAUCCGCUUGUGGUCUCAGUGGGGAUGCUGAUGGGAAUUCCUUUGAACACAGUCAUCGACGUGCUGUUUCGACACGUCCCAGCAACGGCCAGCUUUAUCGGCGGAACGUCACUUAUUAUAUUUUCUUUCGUUCUCAUCAUACUUCCAUAUGAGUUGAUGUGCCGAGGGAGAGCUCAGACGACCCCCGAGAAAUCUCACAUUAAUAACGGAUCCGUGCGUCAGAAUCGAAAAUAG